CCGCUCCGGCCCCGCCGCGUCCCCGCGAUGUCGCCGCGCUCCGCCCGCCUGGCGCGGCUGUCGCGCUCCGUCACCUUCAGCGCCUGCCACCGCCUGCACAGCAAAUCCCUGAGUGAUGAGGAGAACCUGAAGCUCUUUGGGAAGUGCAACAAUCCCAAUGGCCACGGACACAACUACAAAGUUGUGGUCACCGUGCGUGGAGAGAUUGACCUGGUCUCGGGCAUGGUGAUGAACCUGACAGACCUGAAGGAAUACAUGCAGGCAGCGAUCAUGGAGCCCCUUGACCACAAAAACCUGGACAAGGACGUGCCCUACUUCUCUGAGGUGGUGAGCACCACGGAGAACGUGGCUGUGUUCAUCUGGGACAGCCUCCAGAAGCUCCUGCCCCAGGGCAUCCUGUACAAGGUGGAGGUGCACGAGACAGAGCAGAACGUGGUGGUUUACAAGGGAGAGGAAACAAUUGUCAAGUGAAAUCAGCCUGGGCCCAGCUGCUCAGCAGAAAUCUCGUUAUAUAUUUUAUCAUCUCUGUGGAUCCCUGCCCAGCAUUCCCUGCAGCCAGCCCUGGUUCUGUGCUCCAGCAGGACGAGGGCAGGUGUUUCACCAGGACCCUCCCAGCAGUUUGCCCAUCUGGCUUCUCACAAUGGGUUGGUUUCUCUGCUUUUCCUCAAGACCUUCCUGUUCUGCCAGCUGAUGUGAGAUUUAGAGUUGUGCCGUGGUAAAUGAAGCAGCUUUGGGGGGAGGAGGUGGCCUGGCAAAAUCACAAAAGUCUUUGAUUUCUCUCUGAUUAAAUAUUGAAUUAAUUUAUUUGAUAA